CGACUUUCUUGCAUAGAUCUGAAACAUUCACAGUGACUGUAUUUUUUGCCGGUGACGGCGCGAAAAUGGCUCGCUUAGAUUUGACCGACUAUGAUGUCUCCAUGAAGACUGGUUUCGUUCUGGAGGAUCCACUGACACGGCUGCCUCCUUACUUCGACCCCUGGAACAAUGUGGCGCUCCGGUACACGGAGCUGGUCAGCACCAAGACGAUGCGGGAGGAGGUACUGAAGCUGCCCGUGCUGGAUGUCGAUCGCCUGUGUGGGAUGAAGGAGGAGAGACUAGCCCAUCUCCAGCUUACCGCCAUGACGUCAGGAUACCUCUGGCAGAAUGGACUUCAUGACGUCCCAAAGGUCCUGCCCAAGUGUUUGGCUGUUCCCUUACAUGGGAUGUUUGAGAAACAAGGGUUCCAGCCCGUCAUCACAUACGCUGAUUUGUACCUGUCGAAUACCAUAUUGAAGGAUCCGAACGAACCUGCUGUUAUCGAGAACUUCGCUGCCAUUAUCGACAUGAUGGGGGGGUCGGAAUGGCUGUGGUUCUUCGCCGUGGGGAUCAGAGUCGAGCAGGACUUUGCAGAGGCUAUGCAGGCAUUCCAGGAUGUCCUCGAUGGAACCGACGAGAAUGAUGCAGAAAAGAUCGCCAGGUCCCUUGACGUAAUAUCUGACGCUGUCCACAACAUGCAGAACACAAUGAAACGGUUUCACGAAAACCUAACAGUUGAAGGUUUCUUCCCGAAAAUGACGACUUUCUUUGGCGGGUACGGGGAACUGGCGCUGCAUGACGGCCUUAUAUUUGAAGGCGUAAAACAGGAGCCGAUUAAGGCCAAAGGUGCCAACGCAGGCCAAUCCCCUGUGAUGAAGGCUCUUGACGCUCUGCUGGGGAUAGAACACGAGGAGAAGAGACAAGCGUAUACCGAGGAAAUCAUCACCUAUAUGGUACCAAACCAUGGGCGGCUUAUGCGGGACUUGCGUCAGAGGCCCAAACAGCUGAAGGCAGUCGUCGAGUCCAGCAGUAACGCUGACCUGAAGCAGGCCUACAACAACCUGGUCCAGACCAUCCUCAAGUUCAGGUCCUACCACGUGCAGAUUGUAACCAAGUACGUGAUUCAAGGUGCUAAGAAGAAUUUCCCACCAGAAAUACAGGAGAGCUUCCGACCAGUGCAACAGUUCAUCGUUAGCUAUGUGAAGGGGAUGAGAGAUGACUGCAAGACCGGGACAACCAGCUGAACCUUCAUCAACUGAACUACAUACGUCACCAUGACAACUUAUCUGCAUAAUAUCACAUCUUUAGUGUACCGCCUAAUGGCCACAUACUAAUCCUAUUCUUCCAUAUCAAUAUAUGUUCCUGUUUUCAAGUGAUAAAAAUCUUUAAUUUCUAUUUUCGGGUGUUUAUACCUGAUCAGCUGAUCGAUCACAUGAAUGAUUAUUGAUAUGGUUUUUAUUUUGUUUUUUUAUGACAGUGACAAUCUAUACGUUUAUCUACAAUCUGACCUACAUGGGAUAUAACAACGCCUUAAUAAAAACAUGUACUCCAAAAUAAGAUCAUCUGUAAAAAAACGUUAAACAUGAUAUGACCGAUAUAUAAAGACAUAUGCUGGUGUAAGACAGGGCUGCAUUUUGUCUCCUGUCCCUUUUCUCUUGUAUAUUGAAGAACUGGUGAAUGAAAUAUUAUCAAACAAUAGAGAGGGAUAUUUAUAGAUGAAACUAUACAAAAUCUAUCAAUCUUACUAUUUGCAGACGAUGUAGCAAUUUUGGCGGACUCGGUGAUUCUGCUCCAGCGUAAAAUUGAUUUUCUAAAUGAGCAUUGUCUGAAAUUGGGAUUAAAAAUAUAUACGGGUAAGACAAAAACUAAUAGUCUAAUAGUCUAAUACCCUAAAAAAAAUUAUUUGGCAAUUUAAAAAGUUCACCCAAAAUUCUGCAAAUUUCCAUUGCACACAGGUUACAAAGCUGCCAAUAAAUAUGUUUUAGCUGAAUGUUGUCGCUUCCCACUGUUAAUAAAUGCACACAUCAGAGGUUUUUUUCAUAUUGGAUAAGGCUUAUCAGACAUCCUUUGACAACAUACUCCAAAACCUGUUAUGACUUACUCAAAAGACGAUAUAGCGGACUUAAACUGGGUUUCUUGUGUAAGAAUACUAUUAUUUAAAUAACUACGGUUUUGGUCAUGCCUGGCUCGCACAAGAUGUAGCUGACACAAGAGGGUUUCUCAAUAUUUUUAAAGAAAGAUGUAAAGAUAUGUACCAAGAAGUAUGGUUCAUGAGUGUAUGAGAUUCAAGUUGUGUUCAUUAUUAUUCUGACUUCAGAAAUUCGAUUACAUCUGAUACCUACCUUACGUCAUUAGAGGCAGUUGAGUCUUGACGAAAUUUAGAUGCAAUGUAAAUACUUUUAACACUAGAGCAGCUGGAUUUUAUUUUAAAUCUGCAUUUGAAAAUACAUCCUGUCCAUACUGUAACCACCCAAAUGAAUAUCAUUUAGAAGAUAGAUACUAUGUGUGUGUCUAUUUCCGGGAUUUUAUCGAGUAUUUGCAUCUUGGAAAUUCAUCUCGAGACCCGAAAGCGUUAGGUAUUUAUCGAUAUUGUAAACCUAUUGUUUUAUUUAGAAAAAAAACAUGCGCACUCUUUAACACCUCGUACUUACUCGGUCGCUUGCUUCAGGAAAUGCAAAUCAUAUUUUCACCCUUUGACAUUUGGUCAUGUGACCCAAAUUAGCCAAUCACAACACAGAACACACUUUCUAUAGGUUUUCAAGUACUAUUAAAAUGUCCAGAAUAUGCAAGUUUAAGAAAUGCAACAGUAUGUUUGAAAUGGGCCAUCUCGUGAAAAGCUGUAUUAUAUGCUCCAAACGAACAUGUUAUUUUAGUUAUCCGUGUUAUCACACCGCAUAUUUCUCUUGAGGGCUCAGAAACCAAUAUAAAUAUAUGAUUAAAUUCAUGUUGUAACCCCGUUCUACAUCUUCUGAAACUACAACGUGAAGGUUGCGCUGUAACUUGUAGAAUGUAAUUGUAUGAUGUACUUUGGGCCUUUUGGCCAUAUAUACAAAUAAACAAAUAUUGUCUGUC